AUGGAGUACUCGAUGAAGCAGCUAGCGGCAGUGAUGCUCUUAGCUCUCGCAUCUGCCAUGAUCGUCACCGCCCAGAACAUGGAACAAGACAUGGUGGAUGCCCACAACGCGGUACGCACCAACGUUAGUGUGCCGCCAGUGUCAUGGGACCCCACGGUGGCCGCGUACGCAGAGGCGUGGGCGGAGAAGCGCCGUGGCGACUGUUUGGUGGAAUUCUCUCCACAGGGCCGUCCAUACGGAGAGAACAUCGUCGGGGCCAACGGGACAGAAUGGAAGGAGGUCGACGCCGUGGACUUUUGGGUGUUGGAAAAGCAGUACUACGACCAUGCCACCAACACCUGCUCAGCGCCUCCCGGUGAGUCGUGUGAUGCAUACACUCAGCUGGUGUGGAGGGACACGAAGUUCAUUGGCUGCGCCGGUGUCAUUUGCGAUGGCGACGUUGGUGUCUUUCUCAUCUGCAGCUACGACCCACCGGGCAACGUGGUGGGGCAGAGUCCAUACUAG